UAUUUGACACGCAUCAAAAAAGCACAAAAAGAAAACAGAUCUGUGGUUUAUUCGCUUUGAGGGAAUUUUAUAAAUAUUUUGCAAUCCUGUAUAACACGAAUAAAUUCAUAAUGAAGGGGCAACCUACGAAGGAUGUAACGCAGUUAAUUCAUGAAAUAAAAGUCGGGAACGUGGAAGGCUCUUACAACAUUACAACAAAAACAUUGAAAUUAUUUAAGAAAAUUAUCAAUGGUCUUGGAUGGGCGCAUGCAGAUGAACUCAUGAACAUAGUGCGUACGCAAGGACAUAUUCUGCAAUCCGCAAUGCCGCAGGAGACUGUAACCGCCAAUAUUGCUCGUCGCAUUCUGAAGCUGAUACGUGAGGAGUUCGACUUACUGCAAGCAAAGGUACACCAAUUCACAGAUGAUCAAGCGUCCAUGUCACUGCACAAACUGGUUACACAAACGAGCAAUGAUGUUAGCGUCGAUUACACGAAACCACAACAGGGGUUACGUGAGGCACUGCUGGAUCAUUUGCAAGAAAUCGAGACAGAAUUGGAAACAAGUUCAGAAAAUAUUUGCGCGCAAGCUGAAGAGCAUAUACACUCCUCAGAGGUUAUACUAACUUUAGGGCACUCGCGUAGUGUUGAAAAUUUCCUUAAACGUGCUGUGAAGAAACGCCAAUUCUUGACUAUCAUCAUAGCUGAGUGUGCGCCCGAUUGCAGAGGUCACAAUUUGGCAGCGAGCUUGGCAAACGGUAACGCAGAGAUAAUCGUUAUACCAGACUCUGCCAUUUUUGCAAUGAUGUCGCGCGUCAACAAAGUCAUCAUUGGUACACAUAGUGUACUUGCUAAUGGAGGGCUGCGUGCGGCUUGUGGUUCAUAUACGGUUGCUCUAUCUGCUAAACAUUAUUCAGUACCGGUUAUUGUACUGUCGCCUAUGUACAAAUUGUCGCCGGUACAUUUGUGCUCAUUGGAGCAAGACGCAUUCAAUUUGGUAGGCUGCGCGGAAGAUGUUAUCGGAUACGACUCGCUGGCUUCUCACUCUGCUAAAGUAUACAGUCCCAUAUUUGAUUACGUACCACCAGAGCUUGUAACGUUGUUCAUUUCAAAUAUAGGUGGCCAUGCACCGUCAUAUGUGUACCGGCUAUUGACUGAACUCUACAAUCCAGAAGAUUAUGAGAUUUAAAGAACAGCGCCACUAUUUUUAAACUUCCACACCCUAAAAAUUCUAGCCUAAGCAUUUCAAGCUUUCGCAAUAAGUAAAGCACACAAAGUAAAGUAUAAACAAGUGAAAUGGAAAAAGAUAGAUGAAUGAGAAACGAAAUGACUAGCCGAUUAUAUUACUUUUAUGCACGUUUGCAAAGACGCUGUUGCUUUGACUUUAUAGUAUGCUUUCGUUAGCGAUUUUAAAUACCACGUUUCUCCGCGGCUGUUGUCUACCAAUCGUCUAAUCCAAUUACUGAACACAGACCGCAAAAAUGUUGCUCACAAUACAUGCCUAUACUCCCCCUGUUUCCUGUUCAAUUUCCUAUGGAAAGCGUACUUUGAAAUUAGUUUGAUGAACACCUUUUAUUUUAGCGCACUGCGUUUCAGUACAAUUGUCACAUGUCAUUCAAUCACAUUUGCUUUUAAUUAUUCUUCAAUGCAAAUUAUCACAGUUUUCGGAAGGCAAAGACCUAUAAAGAACCUCUGUGCUCAUGACACUCGCGGUUAUUGUUGAAAAAAAAUUGCGACUUUGUUCUUAGGAAAGUGAAAAAAUACAACGUAAAAUUACACUAAAAUCAACUUUUUUAAUUAAAAUUAUAAUUUUGUGUAUAUUCUUAAGAAUGAAUAAGUACAUACAUAUGUAUGUGUGCGAAGUGUGAAUUUAUACCUCAAAGAAAUAUAGUGAAUUUUAAAUUAUCACAAGUUAAGUCGCCGUUGAUCAACGAA